AUGGAUCAUAGUAAUGGUGAUAAUGAUCAUGAUGGUAAUAAUCAGAAGAGAAGGCCUCGUUUACCUGAAAUGGUUCUUAUCACAAAGUCUACAGCUGAACUAUUAAAUACCUUGUCAGAGACAACAUUAGAUAAACAAAUUCAACAGUUAUUUAGUAUACGAUCAGAAUUAGAUGCACGAGUUGAAGAAUUGGAAUCCCAGUUAAGAGAAGAACGUAAACGUUCAGAAGCACCACCAACUUCACGAUAUGAUUCUAGAAAUCGUGUGAAUACAGCAAACACUGAAGAUAUAAAACAUGAAUUACAACAAAGUCGUAAUCAAGCUCAAGAAUAUAAACUCAAGUAUCAUGAAUCAUCUCAGAGGAUUUCAGCUCUGGAAAGUGAUAUUGUACGUUUAGAAGGUCAAACCAAACGAUAUAAGGCAAUUGCAGAUGCAUGUGAAGAACAAGAAGAAGUAUUGAAACAAGAACGCAGAAAAUGUCAACGUGAACUUCGUGAAGUUCAAUCAAAACUGGAAGAUUUAAAGUCAGAAAAUGCACGACUUCAACGUAUAGUGGAUAAAUAUAAUCGUGCUUCUGUUGCUCCUGGUAGUAGUACUUUAACACCAGGUGGUGUUAGUAGUACACGUCAAGCUCGUGAUUCAUCUGUGAAUAGAUAG